AUGCCCUUUUUCAUUGCUGCCCAGGGGUGGCCUGGAGGCCUGCAGUCCGCGCGGCCGCGGGGAGGGACGAGAGGGCCUGACGUACAGAUUAUAAGCGCCAUAGCUAUGGCUAGUGUUAAAUUGCUUGCUGGUGUUUUAAGAAAGCCAGAUGCCUGGAUUGGACUCUGGGGUGUUCUCCGAGGGACACCUGCGUCAUACAAACUCUGUACUUCCUGGAAUCGAUACUUGUAUUUUUCUAGUACCAAGUUACGUGCACCAAAUUAUAAAACACUUUUUUAUAAUAUUUUCUCACUGAGACUCCCAGGACUUUUACUAUCUCCAGAAUGUAUUUUUCCUUUUUCCAUAAGACUCAAAAGUAAUAUAAGCUCUACAAAAUCUACUAAAAAGUCUCUGCAUAAAGUAGAUGAAGAGGACUCUGAUGAAGAAAGCGAUCAUGACGAGAUGAGUGAGCAGGAAGAGGAGCUUGAGGAUGACCCUACUGUAGUCAAAGACUAUAAAGACCUGGAAAAAGCAGUGCAGUCUUUUCGGUAUGAUGUUGUCUUGAAGACGGGGCUAGAUAUUGGGAGAAACAAAGUGGAAGAGGCAUUCUACAAAGGUGAACUCAGGCUGAAUGAGGAAAAAUUAUGGAAGAAAAGCAGAACGGUGAAAGUGGGAGAUACAUUGGAUCUUCUCACUGGAGAGGAUAAAGAAGCAGGAACAGAGACAGUUAUGCGGAUUCUCUUGAAAAAGGUGUUUGAAGAGAAGACUGAAAGUGAAAAAUACAGAGUGGUGUUACGGCGGUGGAAAAGUUUAAAGUUGCCUAAGAAGAGAACAUCUAAAUAAAUGGAUUGCUUUUUAGCAAUAAAGCUGCUUUCUAGUGGUAGAGGAAGGGGUCACCUGAAAAAGAGGACAUUUUUAUUAAAAUAAAGUUCUCUUAGCGUUUGUGGCAUCUGCUGAGCCAUUUUGUGGAAACUAGGAUCCAUAUCUGGAGACACUUCCCAAGGCCUGCCUCACCCCCACCCCCUCCCCACCUUGAUCCAUGCUCCUCUGACCUUGUCGUGUGAGAACCCCUUUGCCAGAGUGAGACGUGUGCAGAAUGAACUAAGCCCCAGAGGGUUUUAAUGGCUUGCCUGCUGUUUCCCACAUAAACUACCUCAGGAGUCAUUAUAAAAUAAACAGGCCUUGUUGUCU